AUGCCGUUACGAGUAAGAAAUCUAUUGGAGAAAGUAGGCAAUGAGCUCAUUCUGAAAAUUCAACUCGGCCGUACACCUGUUCAAGAUCUCCCUCUUAAGAUACUUAACUUUUUAAGCGAUUCGAAAUUCACCAAUAAACAACUUGAACUUGGUUAUGAUGAAAUCUAUCACAAUUAUUUACUUAUUACUAUAAAGAAUAGUCAUGUACCCGAUACACUACAACAUAUACUUGGAAAUGUUACACAAAAUGUAACUCCUAGAACUAUUCUUAAACUUGAAAAAGCACAACGUAUUGCUCUCAAACGUCCGACUAUACCCGAUGAAUUGAUCGAUGUAUAUGAUAUUCCACUAACACCAAAUAAACCAUUAACACUCAAUCGAUUAAUUUCUACAGCCUCAAAUGUCGACAAAAAUUUUUACAAAUAUGAUGCUAGUGAAAAUAAUAUGUGUCAAACAUUUGUCGAAAACAUUAUUGAUAUCAAUGGUUUGACGCCUAAUAUUGUUGAUCAAGCAACAUUGAAUGCACUCAAACCAAUCGAUGCCAAAGCAUUAAUUUCUACGUUAGGUAGUCGAUCUCAUAUCGUUAAAAUGGCGACAGAUUUGGGUGCCAGAUUAGAUAAAUUAGUAUUCGAUCAUAAGAUUAAAUGGAAAAAACCUCAGCCAAAAGAAUUUACUCUAUUGCAUUAUGUUAAUGUUACUGAUUCAGAAAGCACCAACUCUAUAUACUAUGCCGUUCUUGAGCUCGAAAAACAUGCACGAUCGCUUCUUCACUGUACGCCGCCACAACCACCACCCGAAUCAUCAUUGUACUUCAGAUUUUAA